GGUCCCAGCUUUCCCGCCGACGGUUGGUCGCGUCACGUGACAUGGGUUGGAAGAUGGCGUCUCCCACAGAGGGGACGGAUCUGGAAGCAUCUUUAUUAAGUUUUGAAAAACUUGAUCGUGCCUCACCAGAUCUUUGGCCAGAACAAUUACCAGGUGUUGCUGAAUUUGCAGCUUCUUUCAAAAGUCCUAUUACUAGCUCGCCACCCAAAUGGAUGGCUGAAAUAGAACGUGAUGACUUCGACAUGUUGAAAGAACUGGGGAGCCUCACCACAGCUAAUUUGAUGGAGAAGGUACGAGGCCUACAGAACCUGGCCUAUCAGCUGGGGCUAGAUGAGUAUUAUUCAUCUACUCUAGAGGUUGACAUUUACUUGAUGCCCUAAUCUGGUAUUUCGAUGUCUCAAUCCUCUUUUCUACAUUAAUUGAGAGGAUGACAUGGAUGAAAAAUAAGCAAUAGGAACUGAUGAAUCCCCCAGGAGCAGUUAUCCUGUUUUCAUGCAAAUAUCUGCACUGAUAAAGAUGAUGGAAAGAAAAAAGAUGCAAAAAAUAUUUGUCCUUAAAACAUGAUUGUCACUUCUCUAGAGCAUUGUUAAAUGUUAGUAUAGAAAUAAUGUGAACCUUCUUGGGCUGAUAAUAACUAGAUUGUGUCUUUUGAAAGGCAAACCCUGCCCUUUGAUUUGGUACAUGAUUAUGUCUCAUAACCCUUUUGGUGUGCAGAUUUGGGAAUGCAAUAAUUUUUUUGUAUAGGGGCCUCUUGGCUUGAUUUGGGCAGUUAAUUUAUAUGAAAUUCUCAUGAUAUAUAUAGAAAUACAAAAAAUUGUAAACUGCCUUACUGUAUAAAGAAUUCCAUUUCUGUUACUUUCA